GCGUACAACUGUAAAAAAGCACUAUCACAGGGAUUCGCGAGCAGAGCACAAUUGAAUGACCUAAAACUACUCAAAUCAAUCAAAUCCUUCUUGGGAAGAGAUCAAAACAGUAUGGCGCUGCAAAUCUGCAGCCUCAACGGCCGAGAAAUGAAUUCGGGAAAGCUCCCUAUUUACACCUGCCCAUAUCGGCAGCAGCAGCAUUUCAAUUCACGGCGGGGGAAAAACAAUGGCGCAGUUUGUACCCAAAAGACCGCGCAGCUCCGCCAGCACCCCGAUUGGGCCCUCCCACGCCGCCGGAAACCGUCGUCACACGCCCGCCGUCCCUCGCCGUAGGAUCUUCCGGUAUGAGUCAUCGGACGACGAAGAACAACCCGCUGAAGCGCGAGCCAAUUGGAGUUGUACUCAGCCGGCCGAACGUGUUCGGGACGCGCCCGCGCUGACCCUGAUCGACCCGGAUGUCUUGGAUUGCCCCAUCUGCCUCAAACCCCUCUACCCUCCCGUCUACCAGUGUGAGAAUGGACACGUGAUGUGUGAAAUUUGUUGUGAUAAAAUGAAGAGAAAGUGCCCGACCUGCGGCUGGCCAAUCGGGCACAACCGUUGCCGGGCAGUCGAGAAGAUUCUCGACUCUAUUAAAAUCUCCUGCCCGAACGCCUGGCUUGGCUGCCCGGAGACCAUAACCCUCAGCAAGAGGCUGGAGCACACAAAGACGUGUGGUUUCUUGGCCUGCUUGUGCCCAAUGCCCGACUGCACGUACAUGGGCUCUGCCAACUCUGUGUACUCCCACUUUUCGGAAAAACACCCAAACACAUCUCAGCCCUUUGUCUUUAACAAUGGAGUCCAUUGCGAAAACGGUUUUUUGAUAAAUCGGUGGACCCUACGAGGAGGUAAUUUGGUUAGUGUUAUUUGUCUUGCGCCGGCCUCGUGUGAUGGGAAAUUCGUGUACAAAGUUGUUGCUGGGGAUGGGAGCAACUUUGUGAAGAUGAAGGGGUUUGUGGAGACGAGUGCGUGUUGGACGAGUGGGCAGACACCGGGUAAGAAGUACUUUCUUGUGCCUAAUGAUCUGCUGGGUUUAGGGAACUUCUUUUCGAUCCGAAAUUCGUGCAACAAUGUUAAAAACUUGAAGAGGAGUGGGUUCGGGAUUGGGAUUGUGAUUGUGAUUGUGAUUGUGAUUGUGUUUUGUAGCAAAGUUCUUUUCAAUCCGAAAUUCAUGCAACUAUGUUAA